AUGGCGCCUUCUGAUGAGGAAAUCGAACAAGCCCUCCUGGAUGCAACUUACCAAGUCUACCAAGCUUUCCCAGACGAAACCACAGUGAACAAGGUCCGCAAACAGACUGAAGAAAACCUCAGUCUCGAAGAUGGAUUUUUUUCAAGUGGAGACUGGAAGAAAAAGAGUAAAGAUCUCGUAAAAGAGAGAGCAGAGAAACUUGGAGAAGGAUGGGUUCCUGACAACAAGAAAGAGGAUGGUUCUGAUGAAGAGGAAGAGGAAGAAAAACAGAAAAGCGCUGGCGUGAAGCGCUCUUCCCCGGAUGCCGAAUCACCUCAACCAAAAUCCAAACGUCAGAAGCGAGCGCCCAAGUCAGAGACGAAGACAAAGCCCAAGAAAGCCGCCAAGAAAGUGGAAUCUGAUGAUGAAUCGGAUCGCAGUGAGUCUAGUGAGCUCAGCGAGUUAAGUGAAAUGAGUGAAGUGAGUGAGAUGAGUGAGGAAGAGGUGCCUCGGAAAAAGCGAAAACGAGCUGCGCCCAAGAGGGCCGCCCCAAAGAAAGCUGCACCAAAGAAAGCCACACAAAAACGCAAAUCCAAGAAAGUCGAUUCCGACGUGGAGGACGAGGAAGUCGCACUCGACUCUGAUGCUGAGCAGCCUUUGGAGAAGGACGACGAGGCUGAAAAUGAAGAGCCUGCUGGUGAAAAGGAAACUACUCCUUCAAAAGCACAAAAUUCAGACGACGAGGAAAAGCUGGCUGUCAAUGAAGAUGAGAACAAACCAACCGUCGACGAAGAAGAAGAAUACUCAGAUGUUAUCGACGAACCUGUGAAGCCCAAGCGCAAGAAGAAGGAGAAGAAAGAAGGUGGAAGCAAGCCAGCAAAGGCGCCCAAGGCCGUCGUCAAGAAGAGCACUGCCACCGACGACCCCAACACUGAAGAGAUCAAGAGACUACAAGGGUAUCUCACAAAAUGUGGUGUCCGGAAGCUUUGGCACAAUGAAUUAAAACAGUACGGUGAUGACGCCAAAGCUAAGAUCCGACAUCUUAAGAAGAUGCUCACCGAUGUGGGAAUGGACGGCCGUUUCUCGGAGGCUAAAGCUCGUGAGAUCAAGGAGAGGCGGGAACUACUUGCCGAGGUCGAGUCUGCGCAGGAAAUGAGUGCGCUUUGGGGUGUGGAGGGACGCGGCCGUGCAAGCCGAAGCAAGAGCAAGACUGCCAAAGUUGUUGAAAGCGAAGCUAGUGAUGUCGAGAACAACGACGGCGAUGGUAAAGAUGACGAAGACGACGAAGAGGAGACAUAUGCUGCGAGACGCAAGAGAGCGAGAGCGGAUUUGGCGUUUUUGGGUGAUGACAGCGAUUCCGACUAA